UCGGAAUUAUUUUGCAAUGUUAGGAUAGGCACCCAAUUUUAAGGGCAUUAAUAAUUAAUUGCAUGCAUUGGAUAAAAAUAUAUCUGCAGUCACAUCGAACAUUUUUAAAACAGUAGUUUCAUAUUACAAUAUCCUUAAAAUUGCUAGGUGACAAGGUGGCUUAGGCUUUUUGAUUAGUCUUGUGUCUAAAUAGUUUAGGUUAAAGGAAAUAAAGACGAGGUCAAUUAUCUAAAAUUUGAAAAGUGCGCGUAAUAAAAUAUUUUUUGAACUUUUUUAGCAAGCAGCAAUCCAUGUUUUUAGUCCAAUCAAAUUGACAAAUUUUAUACAGCGUUCAUCAUUAAUAUCACUACACAAAGUUACUUAAGAUUGUGAAAUGGCAUUUAAGAAGGGAGUCUGUCAGUUGCUUGCGUUGAACAAGUUCAGUAUCCAGCAAUGGAUGAAAACAUACGACUCGAUGAUCUUCGAUGCGGAUGGUGUCCUCUGGAAACUUGACAAGCCGAUCAAAGGAGCCCCGGAGACAUUCAAUGCCCUACGAGCCAUGGGCAAACGUGCUUUCAUAUGCACUAAUCAUUCGGGUUGGUCGCGAAAAAACAUCUUAGCCAAGGCCGAAGACAUGGGCAUUAUCGUGAACGAGAAUGAGAUUAUUUCGUCAGCGUGGUCAACGGCACAUUAUCUGAAGGACCUUAAGUUCAGCGGGAAGGUGUUCAUCGUGGGCGGCAAAGGCAUCGCAGAUGAGUUGAAAGAAGUGGGCAUUCAAUCUGUGCCAGUGGACAAUAGCCCCAUAGAAGGUGAUUCAUUGCGAGAUAAAGUUUUAAACAUGUCUAUGGAUCCAGAUGUAGGCGCCGUCGUUGUGGGUAUUGAUCAGCAUUUCAAUGUGAUAACUCUGACAAAAGCUUGCUGUUAUUUGAGGAAUCCAAAAGUUCUUUUUCUGGCUACCAACCAGGAUCGCGUAAUUACCAUCAGCCCCGAACUCGUUGUCCCUGGCGCUGGCAGCAUGGUCUCCGCCGUGCAAGCGAUAGCUAAUCGUCCGCCAUUCACCUGUGGCAAGCCUAAUGCAUUGAUGUGUUUGCAUCUUCUUCGUGAGGGCAUAAUCAAACCGGAGCGAACUCUCAUGGUGGGCGACACCUUAUACACAGAUAUUCUCUUCGGUUAUAAUUGCGGCUUUCAAACUCUCUUAGUGGGUUCUGGGAACACUAACCUUGAGGAUGUCAAUGAUGCGCUAAACUCCAAGGAUCCAAUGAUGUACCGACAGAUUCCCGACCUCUUUAUACCUACGAUUGCGGAUUUAUUAAAGUUUUUACCAUCAAAAAAUCGUUGAUUUCAACGUUUACAUGCAUUUAAUAUGUGCACAUACACACAUUCAAUAAUUGUGUGUAUAUAGUUUCGUUAAAGUAUCGGAAUUCAAAUAAGCGUAAAUAA